GUUUCAGGAAAGAAUUGCUCGAAAAAGUUUCAGGAAAGAGGAGGAAACGGGUACCGGGAAGCAAGAAGAGUGAAUAAACGGUUGACGAAGGCGGAAGAAUUGCCGGCGCAGUUGCCGGACAGAAGCUGCCGAAUCAACUCCGACAGGGAUCCGGGAGUCGACUGGAUCUCCGAGGAGCUAGAUACCGGAGGAAGUGGAAAGAGAGCCAGUUAACUCGGGAAUCAGCUGCUGCUGCUGCUGUAGAUCGGCGAAUUCAUCGCCGUAGCUCUUGUUUUGGUUGCCUGGUACGGAGGUUAGUGUUGCGAGCUGUGAUGAGACUUAUGCUCUAGUAAAGAUUAGGCAUUUCUGGGCCUGAUUAGUCGAUGACGGCGUAGCUUAAUGUUGUUCGAGGAAAUUAGGAUAUACAAUCAAGAUGCUAGAUGUUAGUUUCAAAUUUCAAUGUGAUUUGGGCAUAUUACCUGGAUCAUGAAUUCUACUGAAGCUUGGAAAACACUCUGAACCAGAAAGCAGGCAGCUUUUCUUCAAGUCAUCGGUUAGAAACGGAAUCAGAGAGAAAUGGAGUCCAAGCGAAGCUCCAAGUUGAAUAUCGCCAUUCUUCACCCUGACCUUGGAAUAGGUGGAGCUGAAAGGUUGAUUGUUGAUGCUGCUGUUGAACUUGCAUCCCAGGGUCACAAGGUUCAUGUAUUUACAGCUCACCAUGACAAGAACAGGUGCUUUGAGGAAACUGUUGCAGGCACUUUUCCAGUUACCGUAUAUGGUUCCUUUCUUCCCCGACAUGUAUUCUACCGACUUCAUGCUGUAUGUGCAUACUUGAGGUGCCUCUUGGUUGCUCUUGGAAUGUUGUUCCUUUGGCCAUCUUUUGAUGUUGUACUUGUGGAUCAAGUUUCUGUUGUAAUCCCAUUGUUGAAACUCAAAAGAGCAACAAAGGUGGUGUUUUAUUGUCAUUUUCCAGACCUCUUGCUGGCUCAACACACAACCGCACUCCGAAGACUAUAUAGAAAACCUAUCGACUUCUUGGAAGAAACAACAACCGGAAUGGCAGAUAUGAUACUUGUAAACAGCAAAUUCACUGCAUCUACUUUUGCUCGAACAUUUAAGCAUCUUCACGCACGAGGAAUUCAGCCUGCUGUUUUAUAUCCAGCUGUUAAUGUGGAGCAGUUUGAAGAACCUCAUUCUCUCAAGUUGAAUUUUCUCUCCAUCAACCGUUUUGAAAGGAAGAAGAACAUAGAAUUAGCAAUUUCAGCCUUUGCCAAGCUUCACAGCCUCGGGGAACUUGGUAAUGAUAAGCUGAGGGAUGCUUCCUUGACUAUUGCAGGCGGAUACGACGAGCGUUUGAGAGAGAAUGUUGAAUACCUGGAGGAGCUUAGAAGGCUAGCAGAUAUACAAGGAGUGUCCGAUCGUGUCAAGUUUGUGACGUCUUGUUCCACCGCCGAAAGAAAUGAUCUUCUCUCAGAAUGUCUAUGUGUUAUCUAUACACCUAAGGAUGAACACUUCGGCAUUGUCCCAAUUGAGGCGAUGGCAGCUCAUAAACCUGUCAUUGCAUGCAACAGUGGAGGCCCCGUCGAGUCUAUCAAGGAUGGAGUUACAGGAUUUCUCUGUGAUCCUACUGCUCAAGCAUUUUCACAAGCCAUGGCCAAAUUCCUCGAGGAUCCAGAUGUGGCGAAGAGUAUGGGACUCGAUGCCAGGCGGCAUGUGGCAGAUUCAUUCGCUACUCGGAUUUUCGGGCAGCGCCUGAAUCAAUACGUUACCAGCAUUGCUGACACUAAGCAGGAAUGAAACUUCAACUCUUGUUGCAUACUCGGAUAGACUUAAUACCAACAGCCUGAUUUUGCAGUUUUGUUCCUCCUCCCUUGGCGGGGUUCUUGAACUCCAUACUUAGUUAAGUUCCAUUUAUCUUUUUGCUAAACUUGAUUAAGGAAAAUCCAUAUACAUUUGAAAUCCAAUUAUCAGCCAAUAAAUAGCUCAUUUCUUACACCCACCUAAAAUUUAGGAUUUUCUCCAAAAUUCUACAAUUACCAAAAUGAACUCCCAUCAUACAUAACUCUACAUUUUAUAAUUCUUGUUAUAAGUUAUAACUCAUAAAUGAUAUCAUAUCACCAUGAUUAAAAAAAUACUGAAAAUUGUAAACAAAUUAUUGUAAAUCAC